AGUUCCUGCGGAAUCCACCAGAGGUCCAUGAAACUCACCUCUGCGGGCAAUUUCAGAACUGAACCCGGGAAGGCAACACAUCCGUGUGAAGUGAUGCCUCCUCCCUCUUUGCUGAUGUAUCUGAUUAUUGCACGCCUUGAAACAACGGACUAAACCAAUGCCACUGCAUUGCAUGACUCGAGUCCUGGUAGAUUACUGACCAAAACAAAACAAGAAUCCCUGAAGCGUGGGGAAAGGAUUGUUGGCUUGCGGUGGAGAAACUAUAUGUGUAUGUGUGUGUGUGUUUUUAUUAUUAUUACUGAAUUUAGGAAUCAUGGAAAAUGAAAAAUCAUGCGCAAAACAUUACGGGUCUCUUGAAUCAACUACAUGGAAGGCAGACGUUGAAAAAGAGACAGAUAUUAUAUCAAUGGCAGAUUCCACCACUACAGUGGAUGAUAUUGAGGGUGAGCUAUUUAAAAUUGAAAGGAUAAGAGAUAUACUGGUUCGAAGAGAAUCCGAACUCCGAUACAUGAUGGACGACAUACAACUGUGUAAAGAAAUUACACGACUCAAGAAAGAGCUGCAGAAACUGGUAUCAAUACCAGAUAAGGACAAAUCAAAUGACGAUAAGCAGAAGGAAGAGGAAUUGUUGCAGCAGAUUCAUAAACUAGUGGAGACGAGAGAUUUCCUGGUGGAUGAUGUUGAAUUUGAACGAUUGAGAGAACGUGAAGAAGACAAAGAAAUGGCUGAUUUCUUGCAGAUAAAACUAUCGACGGCCAGCUCUAAAAAAACAACUAAUUUACAGAGGACAAUGAACCUACAUCCCGUACAUCUUCUGGACGUGGGAGGAAACCGGAGCACCCGAAAGAAACCCUCGGGGUCACAGGAAGAACAUGCAAACACCACACAACAGCACUCGAGAGUCUGCAAAGGAAAGGAAGACGACAUCUAGAGCACAACAGACAUCCAAACCAUUCAUGGCAAAGACUGGCCUGACCUUGCUCAAAGAAUGCUGUGGAUUCACCUGUUCCAUCAUGUAGGAGUCAAAGGCUUUGGAAACAGCAUGUCUGCAGGAAUCGCUGCAGGAGUUCAUCUGGGUCUAUAAAUAUUUCAGUGGUAGAUCAUUCCAAGCCAAUAACAAUUGUGUAAAACUGAAUUCCAUUCAUAAACAGCAACGUGAUUUAUUAAUGGGACCAGCAGCCAGUGACCAAGGUACUGUAGAAGGCCAUUCAUUCUCUGAGCUUGUUCACUAAUCAAUGACAUUGCCUGGUGUAAAACAUAACUUCAAUCAUCUGCUCCAGAUUCAUUUCUUUUGAGGCUCUUAAAGGAAAUCGGUGAAUCUUAGCCAUGAUUGAAUCCAUUCAUCAUCCAUUACACCUCGAUAAAGAAAAUUGUCCAUUUCCACUCCCCACUGCGUGCAAAAUACUCCUGAAUGCCCAGACCUAAAUGCAAUGAUUCUCAAUUGCUCACCGCAGGAAAUUGGACCUGCUCCACUUAAUCUUUUAUCGACACCUCAAUUCGAUUACCCUCACCCUUCUAAACAAAAGAGGAUACGUCAUAUUUAGACAAUCUGUUCUCUAUUUAUAUUUCUUUAAUCUCCAGUAUUAUUCUGAAGAUAGACUCAAAGUGCUGGAGAAACACAGUGGGUCGGGCAACAUCUUUGGAGAAAAAGGAUGUUUUGGGUCAGGAUUUAAACCGCCUGACCUAUUGAGUUUCGCCACCACUGUGUGUCUAACUUUGGCAUAAAGCAGCAACUACAGUUCUUUGUUUCAUCACUCUGCUGAAUCCCACUUUGUUGAUCAUAGCUCUGGGGUGCAAGCUUCAAAAUGGAUCGUAGUUCCUGACGAGAUCUGACUGCAAGAAAGAUCAGCAUUCCAUUUUGUCCUUUGAACUUCAUUAAAUGGGUUUGCACUAGCCAUCAGUGAAUGGCCAACCUACACACAAAUCCCUUUGCACGCCAACACUUCUUAGUUUUCCUUCAUUACAAUAUUAUUGUUUUACUUGGAAAAUGACCUCGCAUUGAUUCAUCUGCCACAGAACUCGUGUAAUCUUUAGACUUUAGAGAUACAGAGUGGAAACAGGCCCUUCGGCCCACCAAGUCCGCGCUCCGACCACUGAACUGUAAGUAUUGAAAGGAUUUAAGCACAAAUUGUGACCAAUGCUGCCAAAAUAUUACAAGCACAUCCCCUUUAAAGAUUAUUGAGGAAUUUUGAUUCAAACCCCAAUAUUAAUGCACCAUGAGCAAGCAUUAUACACAGAUGCUUUUUAACUAAGAGAUGUGUCUUGGUAAUAUUCGAUAUGUUACUAAUAAUUAUCGGCCCACAGUAAAUACUCACUGGGUGUUCUCGUCACAGAUAAUAAAUGGGUAAUUUGCUUAAUCUGUAAUUGUACAGCCACAUGUAACACGCUUUGUUUCAUGUAUUUGAUCCCAUAACACUUAGCCUAAAUAUAUGCCCCCUCCCCAAACCAUUACGUCCAACCUCCUAUCAUCCUCUACAUUCCUUUUGGGUAUUGUUCAAGAUCUCUUACUCCAUGUUAAUGCAAAAAGAGAGGCGGAGAGGGGAUAAAUUCACAUUAUGCAAAGAUAUGCAGCAUCUAGACUGCAGCAAGGAAGCAACUAAUCCCAAUGGUUCUAAAAUAAGCAAAAUCCCUGUUUAAUAAACGGAGUGUAAUGCACAAAAGAUGAGUCAUGUAUUACUAAUGGCUGUUAUGAGAGUGAGUGAAGAAGCUGUCAUCUGAUGUAGAGCACGUAUUAGUUUACCUGGUUAAUGCAAAUAAAAUGACUAUCAAUGGCAUGCUUACAGAGCUGCUCCAUCCAUUUAAAUGCCCAAGAUGUAUCACAUCCAGUGAAAGUUGUUCUUUCUUUCAUGAAACAGUACCUCAAGCAGUGUAUGCUUCAUUCAUGCACAGUCGCUAACAUGUCUUUGAUGGACAAUGUUUUAGUGUGUUAUUAAAGUAUAUAGAAAAUAUUCUUUUAUCUUGCAUAUGGCCUUUGGAAUAUUCACCUAACAAUUGUUGAAGCUUCUGCAUUUCAACUUUGUGAGAUGCUACAAAUGUGUCUUAUGUUCUAUAUUCAUGCGUGCUAUCAAAUGCUACCUUAUAUUAGGUGUUGUUCAAUGUUAUACUCGGAUAACUAACUCAAAAGCUGGCUGAUGCAGUACUAUUCCCUUAUAAAUGUGCUUUCUAUUGUAAAGUGUACUAACUGUUCCAAACUUUGUAAGGAUUUUACAGAGUUAUGCUCGCUCUGCAGCUUGUCACAAAAAAAAGCAUGCUUGAAAACCUGGAGCACAAGAGUGAGGAAUUAUUGCUGGAUGAAUCCAGUAGCAUUUUGCAUUGAUCAAUCGUUAAAUGUGUGAAAUAAUGCACAUUGAUGAAAUUAACCUACACAGUGUUAUAAUGUGAUAUGUGCCUUGUUAUUGCACUGAGAUAUUACAAAUACAUGAACUGCUUUUCUAUAGGAGUAGAUUCUAUAGCUCUAUCUGCAGAAAUUAUUGAAUGGAUGCGAGUUGAAUAUACGGCAAAGAUAUAAAUGAUGGGUUCAGGUAAAAACAUUUUAUAUUUGCCUUGCAACAUAAGAGGACAUUUGGUCCCAGUUAGUGGAUAUUUUCAGGGCAUUUCCUCCUCUCCCCAACUUAUUUUCCUGCAAUCUAUUCUCUCUUACAUAGUCAUACAGCAUGGAAACGGGCUCUUCAGCCCAGCUUGUCCAUGCUGACCAAGGUGCCCCGUCUACACUAGUCCCACAUGCCCAUCAAACCUUGAUUGAUUUUCCUCUCACUAAGUUCAUGUUCCAGGAGCAGAAUUAGGCUAUUCAGCCCAUCAUGUGUGCUCCACCAUUCUAUCAUGCCCGAUCUAUCUUUCCCUCUCAACCCCAUUCUCCUGCCUUAUCCCCAUAACCCCUGACACCUGCAUUAAUCAGGAAUGUGUCAAUAUCUGCCUUAAACAUAUCCACUGACUUGCACAGCCAUCUAGUCUAGUCACCGAUACUGGAGAGAAUGAAUCUUCCAGCACGUCAUUGGGGUGUGAGAUGAAACCAGACCACACGGAGGCAACCCAGGCUAUCAGAGGAAGCCCAUGCAAAAUGCACGUACUCAGUGUGGGAGUUCAGAUUCUAUCGCGGGUCACCGAAGCUGAGCAGAGGCAGGAUGUUGUGAGUUAUUUAAACCCAACAACUGUUUAUUUGCUUGCAAUUCUCUGCCACACCAUCAGUGUACUCCAUCUUGUUUUGACCUUAUCUUACAUUUCUUCUUUCCAUCACCAUGAAGGCAAAAUGUUCAGCGUCUCCCGGAAUAUCAGGCGAAUACUGCAAUGAAUCGCAAGACCUGAUAGAACAUCAGACCAAUUCCAAGGAAGAAUUACCAAGAAUACAUUACCUUCUGUACAUUUUGAGCAAACCUACAUUGUGCUCCAAUGAGGAACUAGUGACAAUUGUGAUAAAUGCAGUAUGAACAUUACAGCUGGCAUCAGAUACACAACGUAUAAUUUAUUUGUGACUACAUUCAAAAUGGCAAAGUAGACCUGCGACAGAUUCAUUCUGAUAGCCAUUUGUGAAAGAAGGAUUGAUUUUCCUGAGGAGGUAGUGUUUAGGUGAAGUGAUUUGACUGUCCAGCUAUCUGCUUUAUAACCCAUAAUGUGCUGGAGUAACUCAGCAGGGCAGGUCAGAUCUUUGGAUAGGUGACAUUUCAGGUCGAGGACCUUCUUCUGAGUCUUGACCUGAAACAUCACUAUCCAUAGAUGCUGCAUGACCUGCUGAGUUACUCCACCACUUUAUGUA